AUGAUCUCUUCUUCUGUGCGCCGGGCGGCUUUGCCGUCAACGGCGUCACUACCGUCUCGAGCAGUCCUCCUGGCCGUGUCUUCGAGCAGCUCUGGAACCAGCGUUAGCAGCGGUAACCCCCCGUACCGCCAUCAGCGACGGUACUCGUCCUCGAAACCUCCAGUCCCACCGAGCGACGGCUCCAGAGGUAUCGAUCCUCCGGCCCAGACGCCGGCAAAGAGUGUUAGCAGCGGCCCGUCGAGUAAGAAGGAUGUAGAGAAGCGAGAAGGACGGUCGUCCAAGAAGCGUGCGGGAAAGGACGGUGACAUGGCCAAGUCGAAACAGGCAAAUUCUUUGAAGUUGCCGAGUGUACCCUCUACGCAACACCUACACCCUCACGACAUUCACGUUGCUUCGUUCUUCUCUAUCCACCGACCGAUGUCGAUAACCACCUCUGUACCACCGAAUAACGAUAGCAAAACUUUCUCGUCCAUUUUCUCGUCCAAGAAGCAAGCCGCCGCGAGACAAAAGGACGUCAUAUACACCCUCUCCUCCGCCGUGAAUGCGAUCGAGCAGAACCUUCCAGGCCAGACCCAGGCGUCCACCGAAGAUCUUGAUCUUAGGAAUGCAAUCACUCAAGCUUCGUCAACCAACGCCGAAGACGUGACCCACCUCGACGGCGUGCCAACGGAGGAACUACGAGCCUCGAUCCAAGAGUUCGCCAAGCGCCUACGACCAUUCAACCCUCCACCAGCCCCCGUUCCGAUGGAUAGCGCUUUCGAGAGCGCAAACGGCAUGGAGACCGCCGCCGAUAAGUCGAGUGCCGUGGAAGCUGCUUCUGAAUCUGAACCGCUUGAACAAACUUUCUCCACCGUCCUCACCGUCCGCGAAACCCGCAAUACAAACGGAACCAAGUCCUAUGAGACGUUUGCUUCGCCCUUCGUACGCGUGGAUGAGAUGGAAGCUCCCUCCGCCCAGGUGGGAACGGUCUCAGGGUCAACGACAACGCGAGCAAAUGCAUGCGAUAAGUGUCAGGAGGCAGCGAAAGCUAAAGAUGAAAAAACACAAGCACAAGAAACUAUUGAAGAGAACGAGAACAUUGAGAAGGAAGUUGGAUAA